ACAUACUGUUCUGUUAUUUCUUAUUGUAGCUGAGUGAGCUGUGACUUACAUCUAAAACAAGUCUCUCUGGAGAGAGAAAGGAGGGGACUACUGCCUCUAAAAUGAGUCUCUCUGGGGAGAGAGAGGAGUGGACCACUGCCUCUAAAAUGAGUCUCUCUGGGGAGACAGAGGAGGGGACCACUGCCUCUAAAAUGAGUCUCUCUGGGGAGACAGAGGAGGGGACCACUGCCUCUAAAAUGAGUCUCUCUGGGGAGACAGAGGAGGGGACCACUCCCUCUAAAAUGAGUCUCUCUGGGGAGACAGAGGAGGGGACUACUGCCUCUAAAAUGAGUCUCUCUGGGGAGACAGAGGAGAGGACCACUGCCUCUAAAAUGACUCAAGACACCAGUUCAAAGAGUGUCCAGAAGCCCAGAGCAGAGUCCCCUACAACCAGCCUGCUAUCAAUGAAGAGUGAUCAGCCACCUGCUUUCAGCCAGGAACCAUUACCAGAUGACAAUAAUGAAGUGCAGAGUUUGGACAGUGAGGAUGCAUUAAAGAUCACACACAACCUUCUGGACAGAAGAAGUCAAACUCUGCUGACAGUGCAACAAGACAUUAAGGCUAAACUGAAACACAAGUAUCAACACAUAUCUGAAGGAAUUGGAGACCAUGGAAACCAAAGUCUGUUCAAGGACAUCUACACAGAGCUCUACAUCACAGAGGGUGGAAGUGGAGGGCUCAAUAAUGAACAUGAGGUUAGACAGAUAGAGAUGGCAUCCAAGAAACGAACCACACAAGAGACACCAAUCAAAUGCAACGACAUCUUCAAGCCUUUACCUGGACAAGACAAACCAAUCAGAACUGUGCUGACAAAAGGAAUCGCUGGUGUUGGAAAAACAGUCUCUGUUCAGAAGGUCAUCCUUGACUGGGCAGAGGGAAAAGCAAAUCAGGACGUUCAUUGCAUGCUUCCUCUUCCUUUCCGUGAUCUGAACCUGAAAAAGGACCAAUACAGUCUGAUGCAACUUCUUUCCCACUACUUGUCAGAGCUGAAAGAGAUUGACAGCAUUGAAGAUGGUGAAACCAAAAUUGUUUUCAUUUUUGAUGGUCUGGAUGAGUGUCGACUUCCUCUAGACUUCAAAAACAAUGAGAAGUGCUGUGAUGUCACAAAGCCAACCUCAGUGGACGUGCUGCUGACAAAUCUCAUCAAGGGGAAUCUUCUUCCCUCUGCUCUCCUCUGGAUAACCACACGACCUGCAGCAGCCAAUCAGAUCCCUCCUGAGUGUGUUGACCAGGUGACUGAGGUACGAGGGUUCAAUGAUCCACAGAAGAAGGAGUACUUCAGGAAGAAAAUAACAGAUCAGAUUCUGGCCAAUGAAAUCAUCAAACACAUGAAGACAUCAAGGAGCCUCCACAUCAUGUGCCACAUGCCAGUCUUCUGUUGGAUAUCAGCCACUGUCCUUGAGAUGAUGCUGAAAGAGGCAGAGAAGGAUGAAGUCCCCAAAACUCUGACCCAGAUGUACUCACACUUCAUACUCAUCCAAAUCAUUGCGAAAAACAAGAAGUACAACAAAGCCACAAAGACAAACGCAAAGGAACUGUCUCAGUCAGACAAAGAGAUGAUCCUGAAACUGGCAAAACUUGCUUUCCAACAGUUGCAGAAGGGCAACCUGAUCUUCUAUGAGGAGGACCUGAGAGAUUGUGGCCUUGAUGUCACAGAGGCAUCAGAGUACUCAGCAUUGUGUACAGAGAUCUUUAAAGAGGAAUCUGGGCUGUACCAAGACAAGGUCUACAGCUUUGUGCAUCUGAGCAUUCAGGAGUUUCUAGCAGCAGUGCAUGCUUUAGAAUCAUGUCUGGACAAGAAGGAAAAUGUUUUCUCCCCCACUAGUGAUGAUGAAGAGAAGGAGUCAAUCCAGUUGUCUGACUUACACAGGAGAGCAGUGGACCAGGCCUUGAAGAGUGAGAAUGGACACCUGGACCUGUUCCUCCGCUUCCUUCUGGGUCUCUCUGAGUCCAAUCAGAAUCUGUUACAAGGCCUUCUGACACAGACAGGAAGUACAGCACAGACCAAUAAGGAAGCAGUUAAAAUAACAGUCAGGUACCUUUCAGACAACAUCAAGGAGGAAUCCUCACCAGAAAGGAUCAUCAACUUGUUCCACUGUCUGAAUGAACUUGGUGCCAACUCUCUUGUUGAAGACAUGCAGACCUCGCUGCGUUCAGGAACUCUUUUAGAAACAAGACUAAAACCUCAUCAAUGUUCAGCCCUGGCCUACCUGUUAUUGAUGUCAGAGGAGGUGCUGGAGGAGUUUGACCUGAAGACAUACAACACAUCAGAGGAAGGUUAUCAGAGGUUGCUGCCUGUAGUGAAAACCUGCAAGAGAGCACUACUGGAUCACUGUGAACUCACAUAUGAAUCCUGUGAGACUCUGGCCUCAGCUCUGCAGACACCAAACUCCCCCCUGAGAGAACUGGACCUCAGCUACAAUGACCUGGGAGACAGAGGAGUGGAGCUGCUCUGUGUUGGACUAACCAGUCCACUCUGCAACAUACAGACACUAGUACUGGCUGACUGUUACCUCACAUAUAAAUCCUGUGAGAUUCUGACCUCAUCUCUGCAGACACCAAAUCCCCUGAGAGAACUGGACCUCAGCUACAAUGAACUGGAAGACAGAGGAGUGGAGCUGCUCUGUGUUGGACUAACCAGUCCACUCUGCAACAUACAGACACUAGUACUGGUUGACUGUACAAUCACAUAUGAAUCCUGUGAGACUCUGGCCUCAGCUCUGCAGACACCAAACUCCCCCCUGAGAGAACUGGACCUCAGCUACAAUGACCUGGGAGACAGAGGAGUGGAGCUGCUCUGUGUUGGACUAACCAGUCCACUCUGCAACAUACAGACACUAGUUCUAGGUCAGUGUGGUCUGACAGAGGGUUGCUGUUCAGAUCUGGCAUCAGUCCUGAGUUCACCCAACUCACAACUGAAACAACUGGAGCUGAGAGACAAUGACCUGCAGGACUCAGGAGUUACACUGCUGUCUGCUGGACUGGAGGAUCCAGACUGUAAACUACACACACUGGGGCUGUCUGGCUGUCUGGUCACAGAGGAGGGCUGUGCUGCUCUGUCUUCAGCUCUGAGGUCAAACCCCUCCCACCUGAAAGAGCUGGACCUGAGCUACAAUCACCCAGGAGACUCUGCAGGGGGACUGCUUUCAGCUGCUCUGGUGGAUCCCACAUAUAAGCUGAUGAAGCUGAAUGUGGAUCAUGGUGGAGAGUGCAGGCUGAAAUCAGGGCCGCGGAAAUAUGCCUGUCAUCUCACCCUGGACCCAAAUACAGCAAACCCAUACCUGAUACUGUCUGAGGGGAACAGGAAGGUGACAUUGGUGGAAGAGAAGCAGCAUUAUGAAGACCAUCCAGACAGAUUGGAUCAUCCCCAAGUUCUCUGCAGAGAAGGCUUAUCUGGAGGUCGUUAUUACUGGGAGGUGGAGAGGGAUGGUGACGGGGCUUUCAUUGGUGUGGCGUACAAAGGAAUGAAGAGGAAGGGAGGGGAGGAUGACCGUAGGAUUGGACACAAUAAGGAGUCUUGGUGUUUAGUCUACUAUGAUAGUGGUUAUAACUUUUACCAUAAUGGAGUCAUCAGAUACAGUCGACCAGAUACUUUUGCUGUUUCUAAGAGAGUUGGAGUGUAUCUGGACUGGCCAGCUGGUACGUUGUCCUUCUAUAGUGUGUCCUCCUCUGGUACAGUGACACACUUCUACACAGAACACACCACAUUCACUGAACCCCUCUAUCCUGGGUUUAUAAUGUACUCCUCCGACUACACCUCAUUGACCCUGUGUCAGAUCGAUGACCAACACAUUCAGAGAGACCAUGGUGGAGAGAGUUGUAUCAAGCCUGGACCUGAGGACACCAGAGACCAUGGUGGAGAGUGUUGGAUCAAGCCUGGACCUGAGGACACCAGAGACCAUGGUGGAGAGUGUUGGAUAAAGCCUGGACCUGAGGACACCAGAGACCAUGGUGGAGAGAGUUGGAUAAAGCCUGGACCUGAGGACACCAGAGACCAUGGUGGAGAGAGUUGGAUCAAGCCUGGACCUGAGGACACCAGAGACCAUGGUGGAGAGUGUUGGAUCAAGCCUGGACCUGAGGACACCAGAGACCAUGGUGUAGAGUGUUGUAUCAAGCCUGGACCUGAGGACACCAGAGACCAUGGUGGAGAGUGUUGGAUCAAGCCUGGACCUGAGGACACCAGAGACCAUGGUGGAGAGUGUUGGAUCGAGUUUGGACCUGAGGACACCAGAGACCAUGGUGGAGAGUGUUGGAUAAAGCCUGGACCUGAGGACACCAGAGACCAUGGUGGAGAGUGUUGGAUCAAGCCUGGACCUGAGGACACCAGAGACCAUGGUGGAGAGAGUUGGAUCAAGCCUGGACCUGAGGACACCAGAGACCAUGGUGGAGAGUGUUGUAUCAAGCCUGGACCUGAGGACACCAGAGACCAUGGUGGAGAGAGUUGGAUCAAGCCUGGACCUGAGGACACCAGAGACCAUGGUGGAGAGUGUUGGAUAAAGCCUGGACCUGAGGACACCAGAGACCAUGGUGGAGAGAGUUGGAUAAAGCCUGGACCUGAGGACACCAGAGACCAUGGUGGAGAGUGUUGGAUAAAGCCUGGACCUGAGAAAUGGAUUCCUCAGAGCUGUAAGACUUGUGACCAUGUUGAGGACUCCACACACUGGCUUCAGAUUGAACCCUUGACUUCCACUGUCCAGGGAGUGACAAUGUUCAGGCACAGGACACCCAAAGGGAGUUAUGAGUGCACAGUGUCUGGUCUCCGCUGGCUGUGUGAGAGAGAUGUCAUUCUGAAGUAUCACUUCAGGAACUGGGAACCCUACAGUCAACUUCUGAAAGACAUGCAGUACACACAAGGUGGUCCAUUGCUGGACAUCACUAUGGAGUUAGGUGAACUGGAGGAAGUUCAUCUGCCACACUUUGUCUGUUUAGGGCCCAACCCUUCCCUGAGGAAUGAGAUGAAGAUUCUUCAUGUAGAGGAACAUGGAGUGUCUUUUGAGGAAGUGCAUGAGGUCACCAGAUUCCAUGUUAAGAUUCUCCAUCCCAAGUUCUCAGCUAUCUCUGUUAUACUGAGGUUACUGUCUUGGAACGUAGAUGUUCACUGUGAGCUGAUGCUCUAUCUGACAGUGAUGAAGGAAACACUAAUUCCACGCCUAUACCUGUUUCCCAGUAACCCCGGCCAAAUACAGGCUGUGGAACAACAGGAAUCAAAGUUUCAAGGGUCUAAAAGGUUUCCCAUCACAAGACCAGAGCGGUCCUUCAAACUGAAUAGUUACUUCAGACUGAACAUUCCCUGUUCUACUGCCAUCAAUCCACCGAGGAUUCAUCUCAUACAAAGAGACACCACACCAAGCUUUUUCAAGGCGAUUGUGAAAAUAACAGGGAUUGACAUUGAGAUGGAGUUAUUCAGUGAUGAUGAGAGGAUAGUAUGGACAGAAAUAGUAUCACGAGAUGAAUACUAUCAGAACCAAGCAUUAACACUCUCUGGGAUUCCUGCUGAGGAGUUUCUGAAGAAACACAGGUCUGAACUCAUUCAGGGAGUCAAAAACCCAAUGCCAAUAGCAGAUGAUCUGUUGUCAAAGAGCAUGAUUGGUGAUGAAGAGUACUCCAGAAUAAAAGCUGAAACAACUGAACAGGAGCGAAUGAGAGAACUACUGAAUGCAGUCCUCCCUAAAGGACCAGAAGUGAUGGGAGCUUGUCUCAAAGCUCUCAGUGAACAUGAACACCAUCUUGUUAAGUACUUGAGUGAAUCUAGCACCUAAUCUGAAGAUGCUGAGACCUGUCUCCUAGUCUGUGGACGAAGACACUUCACCUAAUCUGAAGAUGCUGAGGCCUGUCUUCUAGUCUGUGGACAAAGACACUUCUUCACCUAAUCUGAAGAUGUUGAGGCCUGUCUUCUAGUCUGUGGACAAAGACACUUCACCUAAUCUGAUGAUGCUGAGGCCUGUCUUCUAGUCUGUGGACAAAGACACUUCUUCACCUAAUCUGAAAAUGCUGAGGCCUGUCUUCUAGUCUGUGGACAAAGACACUUCUUCACCUAAUCUGAAAAUGCUGAGGCCUGUCUCCUAGUCUGUGGACAAAGACACUUCUUCACCUAAUCUGAAGAUGCUGAGGCCUGUCUUCUAGUCUGUGGACGAAGACACUUCUUCACCUAAUCUGAAGAUGCUGAGGCCUGUCUUCUAGUCUGUGGACGAAGACACUUCUUCACCUAAUCUGAAGAUGCUGAGGCCUGUCUCCUAGUCUGUGGACGAAGACACUUCUUCACCUAAUCUGAAGAUGCUGAGGCCUGUCUCCUAGUCUGUGUACGAAGACACUUCUUCACCUAAUCUGAAGAUGCUGAGGCCUGUCUCCUAGUCUGUGGACAAAGACACUUCUUCACCUAAUCUGAAGAUGCUGAGGCCUGUCUUCUAGUCUGUGGACGAAGACACUUCUUCACCUAAUCUGAAGAUGCUGAGGCCUGUCUUCUAGUCUGUGGACGAAGACACUUCUUCACCUAAUCUGAUGAUGCUGAGGCCUGUCUUCUAGUCUGUGGACAAAGACACUUCUCCACCUAAUCUGAAGAUGCUGAGGCCUGUCUUCUAGUCUGUGGACAAAGACACUUCUCCACCUAAUCUGAAGAUGCUGAGGCCUGUCUCCUAGUCUGUUGAGGCUAGAUGUUGAGGCCUGUCUCCUAGUCUGUUGAGGCUAGAUGUUGAGGCCUGUCUCCUAGUCUGUGGACUAAGACACUUCUCCACCUAAUCUGAAGAUGCUGAGGCCUGUCUUCUAGUCUGUGGACAAAGACACUUCUCCACCUAAUCUGAAGAUGCUGAGGCCUGUCUUCUAGUCUGUGGACAAAGACACUUAAGUGAUUUUAAGGGAAAUGUUUGUUUGUGCUAUUCUUUUAACAAAUGUCUGUGUUUUAUUCAUGUGCUGUUCUGUAAACUAAUGUGUGUGUUCAUCAAGUGGCUGACUGUACAAAUCCUCACUAUCAGUAGCUGUAAUUUGGCAGUAAGGCCAGACGUUGGUUUGAGAAGGAGAUAUCUCAGUUUCAAGGUCUCAUCUUAGAGAGAAGAAGUCUCGUGAGGUGUUGGUCUGUCAAAUGCUAUGAACCAGUAUUGGUCGGUCACAUGAAUGGAACAAAACGGUAAUGAUUAAUUAAUUAUGCUAAAUCAUGCAAAUGUAACUUGUCUGUGUAUAGCUAUAUAUUAGAAAACUGCUGGGGCUGCCCCAGGCAUAGCCCCUGAUUGACAUGUGUACUAUGGUGCAUUUAGUUGGUUGGAACCUCUCCAGCUCACUGACAAUAAAUAAUGAUUCAUUUAA